UAGCCGUAGAAUUUAAAAUCUGCUGUGAUGGCCCGAUCAUAACCAGUAAUACACCAGUCUUAAAGUAAUGCUUAUUCAGUUUGUAACACAAAAUUUGAUAUUAGACAUUUUAUAUGUUGAAGGUGCGAUCGUCACGACUUUUUUACAUCGUUAAGAGGUGUUUUUGUUUGAGAAAUACUAGUUAGUUCUGUUUCUAUCAAAGAGCCCUGCGACUUUGCUUUAACUUGACUUAAUGUUAGUUGACAGGCUAACUAACAUUUAGAAAUAUGCCUCGCACCAAGAUAGUAGCACGUAGGCAGGCUCAGCGACAGAAGGCUGAUCGCGAUGAGAAGUUGCGUCUGGCCCAAAUUAAGAUGGACUCCGCACUGAACCAGAUCGAUGAGCUGGGCAAACGCUGCAAGCAGGAGGUGGACAACCAAAUCAAGCUGAUCCGCGGAAGGACUGACAAGCAGCUGCUGCAGAUGAAGUUGUCAGACUUCGCGGCUCUAAAGAUUAAGAAUUUCGCUGAGCAUCAGUGGGCUGUUCCCAAGCCACCAACAACUCGCAGUCAUUCCACCAGCCACCAGCGCGGUCGGAAUCGGACUCCCCAGCAUCCGCAGUUACCGCGGCCCCAGGCUCAAUCGGUGGAUAGGGCACUUCGAGGCGACACCAUGAGCUUUGUGCGAUGGCCCAGGGUCGGGGAGCAGGUGCUCUCGAAGGCCGGAAGUCCGCUGGCCGUUCAGAUGCCACCAGAUCGCUGCGUUGAUGUGCACAUUCCCACCAAGAAGGGCGUGAUCACCGUAAGGCCGCACAAGAUCAACGAAGUGAAGCGGGACGUUCUAAUGCAGCUGGACGAGAACACCCUCAACCAGGUGAAAGUGCUUAAGUCCAAUCUGGGAUUGAUCGUGGAUAUGGCCGCCAAAAUGGGAAGAUUAAACCCCUAAGAACGAACCAAAAGACCUUCAUGAUUAUUACGCUUAUUUCGUUAAUAUUUUAUUUAGUCUUUUUCAUUUUCUCAUUUUCAAUGUUUUUGUUCAGUUGUUAAACAUUAAGUGAACGUGUCUGUUGUUCUUGUUGCUGUUUGCUUGCUUUUUGUUGUAUAAUUAAUUAAUA